UCGUUCAUGAAAUUCACUAUACCAAUGAGACAUUUUGAUAACAUAACCAAUCAUAAGAAACAAAAUAAUUAAAAUUUUCUUUCGUUUCUGGUGAAAUUAUCGAAUGAAAGGAGAGAUAAAAAUAGAACUAAAAUUCAUUUUUAACAAACUUAACCUAUAAAUAAUUUGUAUCAUUUGUAUAUUAAUAAGAAUAUAUUAGUAAAAAAUGGGAAAACAAAAGAGACAAAGAAGUAGACCCCAUAAGCAGAAUCCUACAGGACUUGUUUCUGUCAAGGAUUUUGAAAGUGAAGAGAUUGAAAAUGUUACGAACGAAGAUCGGGAACGUGCUCUACAGAGAGUAUACGAACAGAUAAAGUCUGUUAAUGUGGAGGAAAAAUUAUCCGGAUUGCAAGCAAUUGAAUUGAUGUCAUGCAAUUCAGCACUUGCUGUGCAGAUUGCAAAGAGUGAAAUUGCUAAAUUAGUUGGUCCACUACUUGUCGAUAAGAAUGUACUUGUAAGAGCUUGUAGUGCGAGUGCUUUAAGGUAUGUAGCAAAUAAUGGAAAAACAGAAGCACAUACAAGUUUAUUGAGAGAUGAUAUUAUGACUCCAUUGUGUACUUUGUUGACGCAAUAUUAUACAAAUUGGCAACCAAAAGUUGAUCAUAAUGGGAAAGGCAAGACAACUGAUGAAAGGGAAGCUUUUAUCCAAGCAGUCACAUUACUAUGGACGCUAUGCGAACACAGUGAAUUUGCUAUAAAAUGUUGUAACAAAGAUGAUAUUGUUUCUAUCCUGACAAGAUUUUUUGAUAUCACUUCCUAUGGCAUAGAAAUUGCAACAGUUACAAUGCAAUGUUUAUUAUCUUUAUCAGAAAAUAAUCCUAUUGCUGUUAGAAAGCUUCAGAGCUGUGAAAAUAUGCUUAUUCAGCUGUUAAACACAGAAAUAAAGGAUACUACUAUUUCUGAAGUAGUAUGUUUUAAAACUGCCCUAAGCGGUUUAUUGAUUAAUCUGACUAAUUAUACAGAAAAUAAUUCUAUAAUUGUAGUAUGCGAAGUGAUAAAUGUACUUUCUAAUACACUUUCUAUUGAUUGUAAACAGUUAUUAUCCAAUUUGACUUCAAUUUUACCUCAUGAAAAAAAUGCUUUUUCAAGCAGUGCAAAGAAGAAGGUACAAGAAAACCGAAGGAUUUUUGGUGCACAGCAACAAGCACUAGAGAUUUUAGCCAACUUAUGUUCAGAAGAUCAAGAAAAUGAGAAUGAAUCUGAUUUGGAAGAUUCAGAUUGUGAGACUGGAGAUAUAGAUGAUGUUUGUAUGGAUAAUAAAUUAUACAAAAUCUUCUCUCUCCCGCUAGAAGUAAUGGAAGUAUUUAAUACUUGUAACAUUGUAAGUAAAGUAUGGGAUAAAACUAGAUUUGUGGAUGAAGAUACAAUAGAAAUAUUACAACAAAAUAAUGAAGGAAAGGACAUCUUAAAACAAGUUCAUAAACUAAAAUGUACAGCUUAUUUAUGUUUAAAUAACUUGAUAUCAAGUUUAGAAGCCGAUGUACUUGGUGGUACGGAAAAUAUAUAUAGAAUGUGGAUGGACAUUGGAACAGUUGUCUUCAAAGAUACAAGCCCAAACGAUAUUGAAUUAUUAGAGUCUGCUACAGCAGCUAUGAGAGCAGCUAUUCAAAGGCUAUCAAAAGAAAAUGCAAACAUUUUUAAUCGGUUAACACUGGCUGACGUUCAACCAAUGAUAAACGGAGAGCGUCAAUGUCCAAAUACGAACGUCCGCGUGAAUUUGAUACGAACAUUAGGUACUUUAGCUUUGAUUUUAGUGAACAAUGAUACUGCCGAAGCUCACGAGUUAAUUAAGCACGUGUCUACGUUUUUAUUGGACAUUUGUAAGACGGAGAUGUCGGUUUGGGUCAUGGCAGAAUCCUUAGAUACAAUAAUGGAUAUAUAUGCAGAAGACGAUAGCGAUCAGUUAGCAAGUGAAAUUAAAUUAGUAGAAAAAUUACACGUCCUGGCACCAUUUUUUAAGAACAAGAUGAGACAACAAAGGAAAAAUUUAGGAGACAAUGUUGCAAUAGUGUCUACAGUGAAUACAAAUAUCAUGAGGUUCAUAAGGUACAAAGAAAAAAGAAUCCGAGAUCUUUAGAAGCCUUUUUGUUUUGUUUCCUAUUUUUUAUACA